CCAGUUCAGUUGUCGCCUGUUCUUUGCCAAUCAAUUCACGGUUCGUGUUUGUUUUAAGUUAAAAUAAGUGAAUAAAUAGCAAUAAUAAAUUAGUAACACUAUAAACGGAAUGUGUACAAGUAUCAGGUGAACCUUUAGCGGCAAACCGAAAUAAAUAUUGGAUAUGCCAUAAGACGUAAACCAAAAUUCUGUGCAAAUUUCGGUUGUUCGGCGCUGAGAUUGGAGGGCUACAUGCGACGAAAUGAAUCUUUAACACCAGCUCAGCAACAACAACGCAAUCAAUAACAACGAAGCAACAACUGCAACAACAAGACAUAUAGCCGCACACACACUCACACACGCACACUGACAUUUCGCUACUCAGAGCAAAGACUAAAGUUCAUAGAAGUUUCUGAAGGAGGACGGAAGCACCAACUGCUGUUUGACCAGGAGCAGGAGCAACAGUCGGGAACAUCGGCAGUAGCAGCAGUAGCAGCAGCAGCAGCAACAGCAGCAGCCGUGGUGCAGCUCAUCAAUAUUCCAAAAAGCAAUUGAGCCAGGCGGGCACAGGCAUUAAUUCAUCAAUUAUUCAAAAUGACCGAAGACGAAAUUCUCUUUGACGAUGUUUACGAACUGUGCGAGGUCAUUGGCAAAGGACCCUUCUCCAUUGUACGCCGCUGCAUACAUCGAGAGUCCAAUCAGCAGUUUGCUGUCAAAAUUGUUGAUGUGGCCAAGUUUACGGCAAGCCCAGGACUAAGUACAGCCGAUCUGAAACGCGAAGCCACAAUAUGUCACAUGCUGAAGCAUCCGCACAUAGUUGAGCUGCUGGAAACCUACAGUUCCGAGGGCAUGCUCUACAUGGUAUUCGAGUUCAUGGAAGGCUCCGACUUGUGCUUUGAGGUUGUGCGGCGCGCUGUCGCAGGCUUUGUCUACAGCGAGGCGGUGGCUUGUCAUUAUAUGCGACAAAUACUGGAGGCAUUGCGUUAUUGCCAUGAGAACGAUAUACUGCAUAGGGAUGUGCGACCCGCUUGUGCACUUUUGGCGACAGUGGAUAACUCGGCGCCAGUGAAGCUGGGUGGCUUCGGCUCGGCGAUACAGUUGCCGGGUACACGGGAAACCAUAGAAACACAUGGACGCGUAGGCUGUCCGCAUUAUAUGGCGCCGGAGGUGGUCACAAGGCGUCUGUAUGGAAAGGGCUGCGAUGUUUGGGGUGCUGGUGUAAUGUUGCACGUUCUGCUCUCUGGUAGGCUGCCAUUUUUGGGCUCUGGUGUUCGACUGCAGCAGUCUAUAGCACGCGGAAGGUUAUCGUUUGAAGCGCCAGAAUGGAAAUCAAUUUCGGCCAACGCAAAGGAUCUAGUCAUGAAAAUGCUCGCUGCCAAUCCACAUCACAGAUUAUCUAUAACCGAGGUGCUAGAGCAUCCCUGGAUACGUGAUCGCGACAAAUUACAGCGCACGCAUCUAGCAGAGACAGUUGAGGAAUUGAAGCGCUACAAUGCGCGGCGCAAGCUUAAGGGCGCGGUGCAGGCCAUUGCUGGUGGUACUAACAUGGAUCCACUUUAUGCAACGGAUGCGGAUAUGCCCAUUGCGGGCGCUCCAGACGAGUGGGCAGACGAAGAGGCAGGGAUUGAAGCAGUGCAGCGUAUAUUGGACUGCCUGGAUGAUAUUUAUUCGCUACAGGACGCGCAUGUGGAUGCGGAUGUGCUGCGCGAUAUGCUGCGUGAUGGUCGCUUACAACAGUUUCUGCAGCUUUUCGAUCGCAUUAGCUCCACGGUCAUCACAACAAAUGGUCGGGCGCCUACCGCCGAGGCUGUUGCGCGCAGUCGCGAUGUCCUAGAACAAUUGUCAUCAGUUGGAGUCAGUGCAGGCAAUAAGUAUGCCAAGGAUGAGCUGAUGCAGCUGCUCGCAACGCCACACUUGCAGGCUCUGCUACAUACACACGAUGUUGUUGCCCGAGACGUGUAUGGCGAGGAGGCGCUACGCGUCACUCCGCCGCCAAUGGUGCCCUUUCUCAAUGGCGACGAGCUGGACAACGUUGAGGGCGGCGAGCUGCAGCAUGUGACACGCGUGCGUCUCGUGCAGUUCCAAAAGAACACCGACGAGCCCAUGGGCAUCACGCUUAAAAUGACAGAGGACGGGCGGUGUAUAGUGGCGCGCAUCAUGCACGGUGGCAUGAUACAUCGGCAGGCCACACUGCACGUGGGCGACGAGAUACGGGAGAUCAAUGGUCAGCCGGUGCAGCAUCAGUCAGUGGGUCAAUUGCAACGAAUGCUGCGCGAGGCACGCGGUUCGGUUACCUUUAAAAUAGUUCCUUCUUACCGUAGCGCACCACCACCCUGUGAGCUUUUCAGGAUAAGACCUGCUCCAGUGCUUAUUUUCGUUCGUGCACAGUUUGAUUAUAAUCCGCUGGAUGAUGAGCUUAUACCAUGUGCCCAGGCAGGGAUUGCAUUCCAAGUAGGCGACAUACUGCAGAUCAUCAGCAAGGACGAUCAUCAUUGGUGGCAGGCGAGAAUUGAUACGGUGGGCGGUUCGGCGGGCCUGAUACCAUCACCUGAGCUGCAGGAAUGGCGCAUUGCUUGUCAGACCGUUGAUAAGACCAAGCAGGAGCAGGUGAACUGUUCCAUAUUCGGGCGCAAAAAGAAGCAAUGUCGAGACAAAUAUUUGGCUAAACAUAAUGCCAUAUUCGAUACGCUCGAUGUGGUUACGUACGAAGAGGUUGUUAAAGUACCAGUCGGUGAUCCGAACUUUCAGCGCAAGACUUUGGUGCUAUUAGGCGCACAUGGCGUGGGCAGGCGGCAUAUUAAGAAUACAUUAAUAUCAAAGUAUCCCGACAAGUACGCGUAUCCCAUACCACAUACAACGAGACCUGCUAAGCCCGAGGAGGAAAACGGACGCAGCUAUUACUUUGUUUCACAUGACGAGAUGAUGGCCGACAUUGGUGCCAACGAGUAUUUAGAAUAUGGAACUCAUGAGGACGCCAUGUAUGGCACCAAGUUGGACACCAUUCGACGCAUACAUACCGAAGGCAAAAUGGCCAUAUUAGACGUGGAGCCGCAGGCCCUCAAAAUACUUCGCACUGCUGAAUUCACGCCCUACGUGGUGUUUAUAGCGGCGCCAUCGCUGCAGAACAUUGCAGAUUACGAUGGUAGCUUAGAGCGUUUGGCGAAGGAAUCGGAUAUGCUGCGUCAACUGUAUGGACAUUUCUUUGACUUGACCAUUGUGAACAAUGACAUUAGCGAGACGAUUGCUACGCUGGAAUCGGCCAUUGAUCGGGUGCAUACCACACCACAAUGGGUGCCCGUGUCUUGGCUCUACUGACAAGACAGUGAGCUAGAAUGUCCCGACUGUCUCGAUGGCUGCGAUUGCGAGUGGGAUGCAUACACACAGGCGUCCAAUGUGGCGCUAUACUGAAAA